UGUGUGUGAUCUGUAGUCCAACAGGAGACAUUUCUGGUAGCUCUGACCUUGUGAUGACUCUUUACACUUUUCUGAGCUCUCAUCAGAGGUUCCCUUGCUGUAACUCACACACACUCAUACACACUCAGGCCUUUGUGUGUGUGUGUGCAUGUGUGUGUUUUUCUUUGUACAGGGCAAUUGAGCCGUUUGAUCUCUUCCUCCUGUCCAUUGCACAGCAGGAAAUAGAGAGAGUGAGUGAGAGAGAGAGGAUUGGCUGAGGGAGGAUGGGAAGGACAGUCUGAGUGAACAUUCUGAUGAUGGGGAACAAACACACCUUCAGCGAUGCACUAACUCUGAACUCUGAUCCUGAUUUCACUGCUCUGUAAGAAGGACCUGUGUGUGUGUGUGUGUGUGUGUGUGUGUGUGAGGGAGGGAGAGAGAGAGAUGGAUCUAACACAGGAAGGUUCUGGUUCUGGUUGGUGUGCUGAUUGUCAGAAUGAGAAUGGUUCAAAUUAUUGGGAUUAUUCAGAUUACUGGGCUGAAAUGUCCUCAGCCUUCAGCCACUCUGAACUGGUUGCCGUAACGACACUGUGUGUGCCACUGCUAGUGCUCGGCCUGAUGGGUAAUAUUCUUACUAUCCUGGUGGUGUGGCUCCGCCCCCAGAUGAGAAGCACCACCUACCUUUACCUGAGCAGCAUGGCGGUGUCGGAUAUCUUAAUGCUGGUACUGAUGCCCCUCGACCUGUACAAGCUCUGGUGGUACCGACCCUGGUUCCUUGGUGACGCAGUGUGUAAACUCUCACAGUUUGUGAGCGAGUGCUGCACUUUCUCCUCCAUCCUGCACAUGACUGCUUUAGGGGCGGAGCGUUACGUGGGUGUGUGCUUUCCACUCAGAGCCCGCCUCCUGGUGACACGGGGGCGUGUCCGUGUGCUGAUUGGUGCACUGUGGGGUGUAAGUGUCUUGAGUGCAGGCCCUGUGCUGGUGCUCGUAGGGGCGGAGCCUGUAGAAGGUAAUCUGACCGAGUGCCGUGUGACCCAGUGGGCGGAGUCUUCGGGGCUGAUGGUGGCCAUGUUGUGGCUCUCUAACCUGUAUUUCAUCAUUCCACUGAUGACACUAACGAUGCUCUACACACUCAUUGCUCGCCGACUACGCCAACGUAGACACGUCCAUCGAGACCAGACCCACCGCCAGACACUAAGGAUGAUGGUGGUGAUCGUGUGUGUGUUUGUGGUGUGUUGGUUGCCGUUUCAUGUCGCUCGUACGUUGUUUUGUUUGUCUCUGACUUCCAGCGUUCAGGUUUAUUUCCUCUCUCAGUAUCUCAAUCUCGUUUCCUUCGUGCUGUUCUACUGCAGCGCUGCCAUCAACCCACUGCUCUACAACAUCAUGUCCUCCCGUUACCGUGACAACGUCCGCGCCCUACUCCGCCCGCGCACUCGACCCCUGCCAGCCCCCUCCCCUUCCAGCACACACUUUUGACCACUGUGCGUGUGUGCUGUACUGCAGUGUGUGUGUGUGUGUGUGUGUGCGCGCGCGCGUGUGCUGCCAGAGCCAUUGACGAGAAGCUGUGACAUAUUUAUGGACUUUGUUUACUCUGUGUGUUUAAAGAGUUUUAUAUAAUAUGUAUAUAAGCUGUUUUGUUUCCAUGGAAACAGAAAUUGAGGUUUAUUGCUUACAGUAUUACUGUGUGUGUGUGUGUGUGCGUGUGUGUGCGUGUGUGUGUGUGCAUGCUGGUGGAUUCUUUUGCAAACAUCAGAGUAAAACAUUUUCAGACAAACAUUUUAAUCAACAUUAUUAGCAAAAUAGCCUGAACACCAAUAAGAUGAAAUCUCCAGUAAAAAACGAUGUGAAGUGACGAUGAUAAAGAAACUCAACACUAACACACACACACACACACUAACAGUAACACACACUGUCCAUGUGCUGAAAGUAAAUCUCUACAAGAAUCUCAAUGAAAAACUGCAAUUAUAAUCAUGCAGAUGUGUGAACAAUGUUUUAUAUCCAACAAGUAAAUAUAUUCCUGUUAAAUAUAAUAACAAUAAUAUAAUAUAUAACCAACAGCUCUUUAGAAUGUACAAUAUUUACACAUUAAUGCAUAAUAUUAACACACGCAGUGGUGAAGUAUAACACACACAUUCAUAAAGUACAAUACAGUUCAUUUAAGCCGUGUGUGUGUGUGCUCAUUACAGACUUCAAGGCACUGCACAAGCAAAAUAAAUUCAUAAAAUGA